AUGCUGAGGGGAAACCAGAGCCAUAUUCCUGAAUUCCUCCUUCUGGGACUGACCAGUGACCAUAAGCACCAGGAAUGGCUCUUUACCAGCUUCCUAGUCAUGUAUCUGGUCAACUUGGCUGGCAACUCAGUCAUCAUUGCAGCCAUCCGGGGGGACACCCACCUCCACACCCCCAUGUACUUCUUCCUCUCCAAUCUGUCCCUGGUGGAUGUCUGCUUUACAACCGUCAUCGUGCCACGGAUGCUGGCAAACAUGUUGAGCAAGACCAAGAAGACCUCCUUUUCUUACGUCCACAUCACCCGUGCCGUUCUGAGGGUCCCUUCUCAAGGAGGCAGGCACAAGGUCUUCUCCACCUGUGGGUCCCACCUCACAGUUGUGGCACUCUUCUAUGGGACCAUAAUAUUCGUGUACAUUCGCCCCUCAUCCACCUACUCAGUGACAAAGGAUCGUGUGAUCACUGUCAUCUACACAGUGGUUACCCCCAUGCUGAAUCCUUUUAUUUAUAGUCUUAGGAAUAAGGACAUGAAGCAGGCCUUGAAAAAGCUGAUCAGGAGAGUAGAAUAG